GCUCUUGCUCUCCCUCUGUCACACCCACAGUAGGUAUAGUGUCACCAAUAGCGUAAGUUAGCCUUGGUGUGCUUUUAGGCUGCACCUUUCAAGUCUUUUGAGUGAUCUAGCAGAGUCUAGGAGACAGCCUCAGCCCUCAGGUCCCAAUGCAGAUGAUUCUUCAUCAGUCUUCUGGGUGACAUAGAGGCCUGCCUGCCUGCCCUACCUGGUACCUGCUUGCCUUCCUGUCUGGUGCCUCUCCUGGCCCAACAGAAAACACCAGACACCUGCAGGCUAACAGAAGAGGAGUCUGGGCUAACUGGACCAGACAUCAUCAUCACCACUAGUCUACAUUACAUCUGUUGCUGUCCUGUCCUGUCUACACUCAGCAAUAGUCUCAUCCUUGCCAGAGACCACCCAGAGACCAGCACACCUUGGCCCAGGAGGCAGCAGCCAUGUCGAGUCCGGGGGAGAGUCUAUCAUCAGAGGGCAGCAGCUCAUUGUUACCGCCCUGCCUAGGUCUGCCCGAGAGAAACAUGGGACACAGGGCCGGGGCUGCCUGGGAAAUGGAGGACACCAAGCCCUGCAUGGAGGCUCUGGAGCAUUGUGGGUUUCCAGGCCUCUACCUGUCCUGCUUCGACAUGCUCUUUACCGAGGACUCCGCCUGGCUGGUGAAGGUGUCCGAGGCCUCCCCGGGUCUGGCCUGCGCCAUGCCUGUCCCUGUACCCAGGACGGCGCACGGAGAGGAGCCAGAGCAGUGCCCCGUCAUCGACAGCCAGGCCCUGGGGCUCUCCCCGGGGCUAGAGGGCCAGGAGGAGGAGCGAUCCCUGGAGCAGGUCCAGAGCAUGGUGGUCGGAGAGGUUCUGAAGGACAUCGAGACGGCCUGCAAGCUGCUCAACAUCACCCCAGACCCCAUGGAGUGGAGCUCGGGGAACGUUCAGAAGUGGUUGCUGUGGACAGAGCAUCUGUACAGACUGCCUCAGGCUGGAAAGACCUUCCAGGAGCAGACUGGGAAAGACCUGUGUGCCAUGAGUGAAGAGGACUUCAGGCAGAGGGUCCCUCAGUGUGGAGACACUCUGCAUGCCCACCUGGACAUCUGGAAGUCAGCUGCCUGGAUGAAAGAGAGGUGUUCAGUUGGAGACAGCAAAAUCAUAGGCGGAGAAGAGCUGUGGUUGGAGGCAGACUCGUCGUGCUCAGGCCAGCCCAUCCACCUGUGGCAGUUCCUCAGAGAGCUGCUCCUCAAGCCCCACAACUACGGACGCUGCAUCCGCUGGCUCAACAAGGAGAAAGGUAUUUUCAAAAUCGAGGACUCUGCUCAUGUGGCAAGACUCUGGGGACGGAGGAAGAACCGACCAGCGAUGAACUAUGACAAGCUGAGCCGCUCCAUACGGCAGUAUUACAAGAAGGGCAUCAUCCGCAAGCCUGAUGUCUCCCAGAGACUGGUCUACCAGUUUGUCCACCCAGUAUAAGGGGAAGGAGGAGGACAAAGGCCUACAAAGAAAGGGCCACACAAUCACACCUUGGUCUUGAACAUUACACAACUAAGCUGAAAAGGGUUAAAACACAUGCACUGGCCAAUCCCUGUCAGUACACAUACCCUUUGCCAGUACGGAAGUGUCAGCUGCCAAAGCUGGCAAAUGAAGAUUUUAUUUUUUCAACGCAGGGAAUGUUAAGUGAUCUUUCUGGACUGCCCCCCCCCCGCCAUUUGAACUGCCUUUUUAAUCUGCAUGAUCUGCCUGUCCUUGUUUUCCUAUUGUGUAAUUUAACCAAUGAUCAGUAUCUUAAAACUACACUGUAGAAUGAAGAACAGUUUGUUGUUUGUUAAUUUAUCAGAUCUGGUCCCUGUCCUUCGUCUGGGAAUGUAUUUAGAAGUUUUGCUUCAGGAGCAUUCAGUUCUGGCUGUUAUCCAGAGGAACAAACAACUCCCUCUUAUUUUACUCAUCACAUGGCACACUUCGGAAUUCUCCCGAAAGGCAUUUACAAUAGAAAAUUAGAGCAGUUCACUGAACCUGAAUGGGAGUGCAUCAACAACUCCUUGACAGCAAACUCAUACAGCCACCACAGUCAUCCGACCCUCUCCUAUAUGCAUGCUCCAUUAACUGACAGUGGCAAGAAAAAGUAUGUGAACCCUUUGGAAUUACCUGGAUUUCUGAAUUAAUUGGUCAUAAAAUUAGACAAACACAGUCUGCUUAAACUAAUAACACACAAACAAUUAUAAGUUUUCAUGUCUUUAUUGAACACAACAUGUACACAUUCACAGCGUAGGGUGUAAUAAGUAUGUGAACCCUUGCAUUUAAUAACUGGUUGACCCUCCUUUGGCAGCAAUAAACUCAACCAAAUAUUUUCUCUAGUUGCAGAUCAGACCUGAGCAACGGUCAGGAGAUAUUUUGUACCACUCCUCUUUACAAAACUGUUUCAGUUCAACAAUAUUCUUAAGAUGUCUGUUGUGAACCGUUUUCAAGGUCAUGCCACAGCAUUUUAAAUCGGGAUGAGGUCAGGACUCUGACCGGGCCACUCCAGAAGGCGUAUUUUCUUCUGUUGAAGCCAUUCAGUUGUUGAUUUACUUCUGUGUUUUGGGUCGUUGUCCUGUUGCAUCACCCAACUUCUGUUGAGCUUCAAUUGUUGGACAGAUAGCCUUAUAUUCCCCUGCAAAAUGUAUUGAUAAACUUGGGAAUUCAUUUUUCCAUCGAUGAGAGCAAGCUGUCCAGGCCCUGAGCCCAAACCAUGAUGCUCCCUCCACCAUACUUUUCAGUUGGGAUGAGACUUUGAUGUUGGUGUGC